AAAGCUUAUGAGUCAGCUGUUGUUACAAUACCAAGAAUUCUUGGGUAAAUUAAAUGUAUAAAGAUAUCAUAGGAAUAGUUUUGAGCAGUUUGUUGUAGAUUACAUUUUGAAAAAUAUUUGAAAGGUGCUAAAAUGAGCGAUAGUGAUAGCGACGAUUGGUCUGAAGAAUGGAUUCCUUACAGUGAGAGGAACGAAUGGGCUGACAUUGUACCUAUUCCUCAAGAUGAUGGUGAACAUCCUAUUGUUGCUAUAGCAUACAGUCCUAAAUUCCGUGAAGUGUUUGAUUAUUUCCGCGCUAUACUUGCACAUAAAGAGAAAUCUCAGAGAGCUUUGGAACUUACUGCUGAUGCAUUACGGCUUAACCCAGCAAAUUAUACAGUAUGGCAAUAUCGGCGAGAUAUACUACGAGCCUUACAAUCUGACCUGUUCGAAGAAUUGGACUAUUUGGAUGAAGUUAUACGAGAUAAUGCAAAAAACUAUCAAGUUUGGCACCAUCGUCGUGUUAUUGUGGUAAUGUUAAAUGACUCCUCGAAAGAGCUAGAGUUGACAGAAGUAGCUCUUGAGCGUGAUAACAAAAACUAUCAUGCGUGGCAACACAGACAAUGGGCAAUAAAAACAUUUGACCUAUUUGAAAACGAGCUGUCGUUUGUGGAUCGUCUCAUAGCAGAAGACAUUCGAAAUAAUUCGGCUUGGAAUCAGCGGUUUUUCGUACUUAAACAUUUUGGAUUUACCACAGAUGUAGUGCAACGUGAGAUACAGUAUACGAUGAACCGUAUUCGUGUCGUAAAGAACAACGAAAGUGCUUGGAAUUAUUUAGGAGGCAUUUUGAAAUAUGAAGAUAGCGCCACAGGGAAUGGUCGACAGGAAGUUUUAGCAUUUUGUGAAGAAUUGUAUUCCUGUGGUGUACGUUCACCUUACCUAUUGGCUUUUCUAAUCGAUCUUUAUAAAGAUCAAAGUUUACAACAGUCGAAUGUGGCUGAAUCUGAUGUUGUGCCGCGAAAGGUUUUUAAUCUUUGUAACGACAUGUCCAAGAAAUAUGAUAUUGUACGACGUAAAUAUUGGCAGUAUAUUGCAGAUCAGUUCAAAGAAAAAUUAUCCCAAAAAUAAAAAAGUAAUUUCCCGAUUUCUGUUCUGUAGCUAAUAGUAUUUCUGACAUUUACAACAUAUUUGUGGAUACCCGUAUUACAUCUAUAUUUUUUAAUAAAUGUAUAAAUAAACUAAA